UUGGGGAGAAACCUUUCGAGUGUGACGUGUGCGAGAAGAAGUUCUCCCAGAAACAUGUUCUAAUCACACACAAGCGCACUCACACUGGGGAGAAGCCGUACGAGUGUGACGUAUGUGGCAAGAAGUUCAAUCAAGAUGGCAACCUCACAGUGCACAAGAGGAUCCACACUAGAGAGAAGUCUUACGUGUGCAAGGACCGGGACCCUCACUGCAGUCACGCUGGAACGAACCCCACAAACUUCCCCGCUGCUCCUAGCAGAGCCGAGCUCCGUGAAGGCGGAGGACCCAGAGAGCCCAGAGACUGGCGGCCGAGACCGCGGAGUGGACGAGGACGGCCAUCCCGGAGGAGAGGGCCCCGUCCCGGCGGAGACCCCGCAGCUGGUCAUCAGCGGCACCUUCUCGCUGGCUGGCCCGGCCGGCGGUGCGGGGCAGGUGGAGCAGGCCUCGCGGCGGCAGCGAGGCGGGAAGGCGCGGCUCGCGUACAAGUGCGGGGAGUGCGGCAAGAGUUUCCGGGCCGAGGCGGACCUGCGGAAGCACCUGGCGGGGCACUCCAAGGCGGGGCGGCACGCGUGCGGAGUGUGCGGCAAGCAGUGGACUUGGGCUGCGAAUCUGGAGAGACACGCAAGGGUCCACACCGGGGAGAGGCCGUACCAGUGUGUCGAGUGUGGGAGGAAGUUUAACCGAGAAGGCAAUCUGACUGCGCACAAGAGGAUUCAUACUGGGGAAAAGCCGUACCAGUGUGGCGAGUGCGGGAAGAAGUUCUCCGUUAAGCAUGUACUAAUCGCACACAAGCGCACCCACACUGGGGAGAAGCCGUACCGGUGUGACGUGUGUGGCAAGAAGUUCAAUCACGAUGGCAACCUCACAGUGCACAAGAGGAUCCACACUGGAGAGAAGCCUUACCUGUGCAAGGUGUGCGGGAAGAAGUUCCGACAUCAGUCAACUUUACGCACUCAUGAGGUCAUUCAUUAAGGACAGUAGAUAAGUGUGAAGUCGUGCAAGUGCGGCGUUUGUAAAAAGCUGUGCGGUGAAGGUUACUUUCGCUUUGACGCGGCGGAGAGGACUUUGGAAUGCGACGUGGCCAGGAAGUACUCACAUCCUCACACUCACAAGCGCACGGUUUUACAAAUGUAGUUCCAAAAAUUCUGUUUUUGAUUAUUUUCUGAAAGCGGUUUAAUUAUGGUUGUCUUUUGAACUGUUGAGCCACACAUCCACUGAACUCAUUAGACACAGAAUUCUUGCGUCGCACAGUAGUAUUUUGUUGUCAAUAAAUCUGGUUGAUUCUGAA